AUGACCCUAAAGGCAACGACCAACAAAGCAGGCUGGUCCUUUCCGGCCCAAUUCGGUAAUAAAGUAACCUGGGUACUUACGGCGAGGUGCGUUGUGGAUGGAAAUAUUUGGUCCAGUUCUGGUAUUUCGGCUGCAUUUUUAACAUUAACGGGCGCUGACAAAUUAUUCCCCGUCAAUGUUAUUUUGUUUACAAGCAUCGAUAUAACAUAUGCCUUUUUUUCGAUGGUCCUUGGUUCCGAAUUGACAGGUGGCCUGAUUAAAUCUCUCGAAUGCGUACCGCAUACUAACAAAGACUGGGAUCCCUACUCGGUACCCGGCGCCGACAUUUCUCGACGUCUCGGGGAGUGUGUUGCCCCUGCUGGCUAUGAGUUCACUGUAGCAAGUAGAUUCUUGAGCGGACAUAACCUGCUGUAG